CUCCAUCCUGCCCCCCUCCCCCUUUUGCGCCCUCCCCCCUUCCUUGCUCUUCCUUUCCCCUGCUCCUUCUUCUCCCUCGUUCCCGCCCCUCCUUGCCAUCCUUUCAGGCCACCUGCGGGCCCCAUCGCCUCUCCACUGGAAGAUGUCCGCUCCUGGAGGCCACUCCCUUGGCCAGCUUCAACGCCUCGAACUGAGCCACGCAAUCUGCAAAGCUUUGUCUGACCGCGGCCGCGAGCAAAUUGCCAACCUGAAAGUUGCCCGCCUGCUCAUUAAGUUUCACAACUCCAGCUCCACCCGGGGGGCUUUUUUGGAGAAGCUCAAGGAGUUCAACUUUGAGCCCGACUUCAUCGAUUACUUGUAUGACCUGAUCAUUCAGUUCCAGUCCUCGGCCGGCCCGCCGGUCAAGCCGGCCUCCUCUUCGAGCACCACCGGUCCUUCUAAUCCGCGAGAUGGUCGCCACGAUACUCGAGAGCUCGAUCGUCGUGACGACCGCCAGGAUGAUCGCCAUGAGGAUCGUGGGUAUGAUCGCCGUGACGACCGUCGCGACGACCGCGGAUAUGAUCGCCGUGACGACCGCGGAUAUGACCGUCGCGACGACCGCGGCCGCGACCGCCGCGACAGCCGCGACCAUCGCGACCGUGACCGGGAAUAUGACCGACGUGAUCGCUAUGACAGCCAUGAUGACGAUCAAUUCAAGCGUCCGAUUGGCGGAAGCAAGGCCGCCGCCCUGGAUCAGCACGAUCUCUGGGGCCCCAUCCCCUCAGCUCUCCCCUCGCCACCCCUCUCCGGAGCCCAAACGGCAAGCCGAUCCACCUCCACCAAGCGACUGCAGCACCGCAUGUCCUCCCCCGAUCGGUGGGAACUGUCGCAGCUCUCGGCCGCGGGCCUUCGCAAUGAGGACUUUGCCCAGGACUUUGAUGCCGACUUCCAUCCGGUGCCGAUGCCCGGCCGAGCGAUGACCGAGACCGAGGAGGCCGAGCAGGACGUCGAAAUCGAGCUGUCCGACCGGAUGCCCGUCUUCUUGGCCGGCAAGGCGCGCCAGGCACUGGACAUGUCGCCAAUCAAAAUCAUCAAGAACCCCGACGGGUCGAUGAUGGCCGCGGCCAACAAGCAGGCGGCCCUGGCCAAGCAGCGCGCGGAGCUGCGUCAGCAGGAACUCGAGUCCAGCCUGGACUCGGUGCCCAACGAUCUGAGCACCGGCUGGAAUGAUCCACUCUCGAUUCCCGGGUCGCGGACCUUUGCCAAUGAUUUGCGUGGCAUGGCGGCCGAGCGACCUGACGAGCCGGAGUGGCGCCAGGCCGUGAUCUCCACAAACACCACCUUCGGCCGGCAAACGAGCAUGAGCAUCCGCGAGCAGCGGGAGAGCCUGCCGGUGUUCCGCCUGCGUGAGCAGCUGAUCCAAGCCGUCCGGGACAACCAGAUCCUGGUGGUCAUUGGUGAGACUGGCUCCGGCAAGAGUACCCAGCUGACGCAGUACCUGGCGGAGGCUGGCUUCGCUGCCAACGGGCGCAUUGGCUGCACCCAGCCCCGGCGCGUGGCAGCCACCGAGGUGGCCCGGCGUGUGGCCGAGGAGGUUGGCUGCCGUGUCGGCGAGGAGGUCGGCUACACGGUGCGCUUCGACGAUGUGACCAGCAGCGCCACGAAGAUUUGCUACAUGACCGAUGGUAUGAUGUUGCGUCAGUGCCUCAUCGACCCGGAUCUCCGGCAAUACUCGGUCAUCAUGUUGGAUGAGGCCCACGAGCGGUCCCUCAACACGGAUGUCCUGUUUGCCCUGCUCAAGGAGACGGUCCAGCGCCGGCCGGACUUGAAACUCAUCGUCACCUCGGCCACGUUGAAUGCCCGCAAGUUUUCCGAGUACUUCUUCAACUGCAAUCUCUUCCAGAUCCCUGGGCGCAUGUUCGAUGUGGAGGUCCUCUAUGCCAAGGAGCCCACCACCGACUAUCUGGAGCAGGCCAUCUUGACGGUCAUGCGUUUGCACUUCUCCGAGCCCGAGGGUGACAUCCUGGUCUUUUUGACGGGCAAAGAGGAAAUUGAUUCCGCCUGCGAGGUUCUCUACAACCGCAUGAAGAGCUUUGGCUCGGAUGUGCCGGAGCUCAUCAUCUUGCCCAUCUACUCGACUCUCCCCUCGCAGAUGCAGUCGCGCGUCUUCGAGCCCACCCCGCCGCACAAACGCAAGGUCAUUCUGGCCACCAACAUCGCCGAAACUUCCCUCACCAUCGAUGGCAUUGUGUAUGUCAUCGACCCGGGGUAUGUCAAGCAAAACACGUACAACCCCAAGCUCGACAUGGAUGCCCUUGAGGUGGUCCCCAUUUCCAAGGCUCAAGCCGAGCAGCGCAAGGGUCGUGCCGGUCGUACCGGCCCGGGCAAGUGCCUGCGGCUGUACACCAGUAGCCAAUACCACAAUGAGAUGCAUGAUAGCCCGAUUCCGGAAAUCCAGCGGACAGACCUGGCCACCGUGGUCCUGACGCUGAAGGCCAUCGGCAUCAAUGACAUCUUCAACUUCGACUUCAUGGACAAGCCCGACAUGCAGUUCAUGGUCCACGCCAUGCAGCAGUUGUAUGCCCUUGGUGCACUGGACAAUGAGGGCCUGCUGACGCGCCUGGGCCGUAAGAUGGCCGAGUUCCCGCUGAAGCCUCAGCUGUGUAAGAUGCUGAUCGAGUCCGUCAACCUUGGCUGUUCGGAGGAGGUUCUGACCAUUGUGUCCAUGCUGUCGGCCGACUCGGAGUUCUUCUACCGGCCGGCUGACGACCAGGUAAAGGCCGAUCAGGCGCGGAACAAGUUCUUCCAGCCGGAGGGUGACCACCUGACCCUGUUGACGAUCUUCAAUGCCUGGAAGCAGGCUGGCUUCACGAAGACCUGGUGCACGGAGAACUUCAUCCACCACCGGGCCAUGAAGACCUCGCUAGAUGUCCGCCAGCAGCUUCUCUCCUACAUGGAGCGCUACAAGCACCCGAUCAUUUCCUGCGGGCGGAAUUACACCAAUGUCUGCAUUGCCAUUUGCUCCGGGUUCUUCUCGCACGCCGCCAAGAAGGACCCCCAGGAAGGCUACAAGACCCUGGCCGAGGGCACCCCGGUGUACAUUCACCCCUCCUCGUCGCUGCACAGCAAGCACCCGGAGUGGGUCAUCUACCAUUCGUUGGUCUUCACCACGAAGGAGUACAUGCGAGAGGUUCUCUUCAUCGACCCUCGGUGGUUGGUGCAGGUGGCGCCGGCCUACUUCAAUGUGGCCGACGUCAGCCGCGUGAGCAAGCACAAGCAGCAGGUUCGCCUGGAGCCGCUCUACUCCAAGUUCGAGACGCCGAACGAGUGGCGUCUGUCCAAGCGCCGGCCCACGCACCGGGCAUCCCAGACGUUUGGCUGA